AUGUGGAAAAGGGAAAAGAACACAGGUCCCAGUGUGAGACAAAGUUUCUCCCUCGUUCAUCGAUAUAUUCAACAUUUUAAUGAGGUGUCUGGCAGCAAGUCAGCUGUCAUCCGCAAAAGAUCUAAGACUCCUGGAGUGAUGAUCACGCAAUAUGUGGUAAAUGUGCCAGAGGGAAAAAGCACCCCAGAUUUCCAGUGUAAACCAGUUCCAGUUACCAUCCAGGAAGGAAAACUGGCUGUUUUUAAGGCCGUGGUGAAGGGGGAUCCUAAGCCAGAGGUGACAUGGAGAAGAACUAAAGGAAAUAUUACAGACAAGGACAAAUUUCAGAGUAAAUAUGAUGAAUCAACUGGGGAGUACAUAUUAGAGAUUCGCAAAGUGUCUGAGGCUGAAACCGAUACAUACAAAUGUUAUGCUGUGAAUGAAUAUGGUAAAGCUGUCUGCACGGCAACAUUAAGUGUGACUGAUGCUUCAACAAAUCCAUCAGAUUUCAGAAAACUGCUGAGGAAAAGUAAGGUAGAGAGAGCAGAUGGGGAAAGUGAUGAAAGGUUCUGGGAUGCGAUGCUGAACGCCGACAGGAAUGACUAUGAGCGCAUCUGUACUGAGUUUGGUGUCGUAGACCUGCAUUUGAUUCUCAAGAAACUAGAAGAGAAGAAGAAGGAGAGGAUGCAAAAUAAGUGUAAAGAUGGCGUGAUUCCCUAUGAUGAGGAGACAACAGAGAAACACACUCUUCAGAGUGCUGACAAGAUGGAUUACAGUAUGAAGGGCCUGAUGCAAAAGGACACAGGGCUGAAUCAGCUGAAUGACGAGAAGGUCAACCUGCUCGACACAGGAAUUAACCAGACGGACGCAGAGGAGGGCAACCUCCUUCCUGCAGAGUUUAAAUUUUCGAAUGUGGACUUUGUCGUCAAAAUUCAGGAGAUUAAAGCACAAGAGAGAGAGGACGCCCUCUUUGAGUGUGUCCUGACUCACCCACUACCCAAGAUCACAUGGAUGGCAAAGGGCAGCAUUCUCGAGGACGGAGAAAAAUAUAGCAUAACCGUGUCAGACCAUAAACUGAUCCACAGGCUGCUGAUCAGGGACUGCAAGCAGCAGGACAAAGGCAUCUAUUCAGCUGUGGCUGGCAUUACAUCCUGCAGCGCCUGGCUGGUUGUCGCAGCCGAGGGUGAUCUUGCAUCUGCUGGCAAGAAGAAACUUCGUAAAACUACCUUAGCUGGAGGAGCAUGGACUGAACUCGAAAAAGUGGCCAAAGAGCAACAAAUAAAAAACCGAGAGGAGAUGGAAAAGAUUUUAGCUGCUGUAAAAGCAAAGCACGAAGCAGGGCAACUCAAAGGAGAAGAGACAUUAACAACUGGUGGAAGACAUGGUGAAAUAACUGCAGUCACUGAACUGGGGAAAAAAGCUGGAGACGUAAAGGACAAGCCUGAUGCGGCAAAAGCCAGUGUCCUGUCUGAGCCAACAGGGAGCAGAGAGAAUGCAAAGAUUAAAAACUCAAGAGGAGAUGGCAAAGUAUCUAAAUUAGAUGUUUCAGGGUGCGUAACAAAAGCAGGAGCGCCAGUGAUAGCCGACGACUCCAAGAACAAGAAACACAUCAAACCUGGUCAAGUGGAUUUUGACAAGGUAACAGAUGCAAAUGCAGGAGGACAUUCUGAGGAAAAUGAGGACUUCAGUGGAUCCGCCAAUAAUUCAACAUACAUAAAGCACGGUCAAGAGAUAGAAGAUAGAGUAACUGAGUCCAAUGGCAAAAUUACUGAUGUAGAGUUAAACCCCAUUCAAAUGUUUGACACCAGUCAAAACGAAGUGACUGAUUCUGAUGGAAAUAAAAGCUUCACUGGGUCUGUCAAGCGCUCAGGGCACACAAGGAAGGUUCACCAGAAACAUGACACAUCUGACCCAAACAAACCAGCAAGCGACAAUGAGGCAAGUGACAGUGAUGGAAAUGAGGACAGUACUGACCAGGUCAAGCAUCCAAGUUGCACAAAGCAAAGCCAACAGUCCCAGGAAGCAGCCAAUGGUGAAAGCACAUGUCCUAAAGACCGCAGUGACGAGACUGAGGAUGCCACUGGCCCUGCCACACAUGCAAGGCGUAGAAGGCAAGGCCCAUGGAUAGAAGAUUUAGUGACUGAUCCAGUGGUCCACUUCAUCUGUGGACUGUCUGAUGUCAAUGCUAUCAUCAAUGAGACGGCUGAAUUAACAUGCAAGCUCAGCAGUGAGGACUGUGAAGGAUCCUGGUUCAGAGACGGCAAAAAGAUAUCCCCAGAUGACAAUUUCACUAUCACCAGAGAUGGUGCGAUUCAUAAAUUAAUUAUAAUCAGGUGCACGGAAGAGCACUCUGGGAAAUACCGUUUUGAAGCAGACGGUCGUAAAACAGAGGCGAUGAUCAACGUCAAAGAUCCCCCAAGGUUUGAUCCUGAAGACCUCAGUGCUUUCACUGAGCCUGUCACAGUUAAAGUGGGGCACAACGCCAUCUUCAAACUGCACUUUGUCGGCCACGAACCCAUAAAGAUUCAGUGGUACAGAGAGGGAGAAGAGUUACAAGGCGACAGCAACACAAGAACAGAGAAAUCUGCAAGUCACAGCCGCUUGCUCCUUAGCAGGUGCCAGAGGAAGGACACAGGAGAGAUCAAGAUCAAGCUCAAAAAUGAACACGGCUUCACUGAGGCAAUUUCACAGCUAAUUGUGCUUGACAAACCCACUUCACCCCUGGGUCCUGCAGAAGUAACAGAGAGCUCAGCUACAUGUAUUGAAUUCAGGUGGCGUCCUCCAAAGGAUGAUGGUGGCUCACCAGUUACAAACUACAUAAUGGAGCGUCAGCAAGUGGGACGAAACACCUGGAAGAAAAUAGGGGAACUCCCAGGUGUGCCCAGCUACCGUGAUACAGAUGUGGACCAUGGCCGAAAAUACUGUUACCGUAUACGAGCAGUGACAGCGGAGGGUACAAGUGAAGUGUUGGAGACUGACGAAAUGCAAGCUGGCACACUGGCGUUUCCUGGGCCCCCAGCAGCCCCAAAGGUGGUCAGCGCCUACGAUGACUGCAUUAACCUUUCCUGGGCUUCACCAAGUAACAAAGGAGGUUCACGUAUCCUGGGAUAUAUUUUGGAGAAACGCAAGAAGGGGAGUAAUCUCUGGACUGUUGUCAAUACCAAAGAUGAACUAAUAAAAGAGAAGAAAUAUGCAGUGAAGGAUGUUGUGGCAGGUAUGGAAUAUGAAUUCAGAGUUACAGCCAUAAACCUCUCAGGGGCUGGUGAAUCUAGCAACCCCUCAGAGUUUGUUUUUGCACGGGAUCCCAAGAAACCUCCUGGUAAAGUUACAGGCCUGAAGGUGACAGAAACUUCAUACAGCCACUUGGUCCUGAUGUGGACUAAACCUGAGGAGAAACCAGGGAUCCAGGAUGAAGCGAAAGGAUAUUUUGUUGAAAUUCGACAGGCAGAUUGCAUUGAAUGGUCCUGCUGUAAUAGCACUCCCAUCAUCACAACUUCCUACAGUGUGAAAGGUCUAAAGUCCAUGGACAUGUACUGGGUGAGAGUGAUUGCAACUAAUGAUGGAGGAGAGAGUGCGCCUGAGGAGCUGGCCAACUAUGUACUUGCUAUGCCCUCACCUGUGAGGCCAAAGUUCACAAACCACAAGGUGAAGAGUUUCAUGGUCGUGAGGGCAGGAAACUCUGUCAGGAUCACAGUAAACUUUGAGGCCUCCCCACGACCAGAUAUUAAGUGGCUGAAGGACAAUGUGCCGGUGACGAAGCGAGCUACGAUAAGUAACUCUGAUGGCUCAUCUCAGCUGCUGAUCCCUUCCUCUGAGCGCUCAGAUUCUGGCAUUUACUCUGUUUUGGUGAAAAAUCUUGUCGGACAGGAGACAUUCAGUACAGAGGUCAGGGUCACAGAUGAUCCAAAGCCUCCUGGACUGGUGGAACUGGAGGAAAACGUGCCUGGCACAGUGACCGUGAUCUGGGAACCUUCUCCUGACGAGAAGCGUGAUGACCGCCUCCACUACACAGUGUCCAAACUGGACUAUACUAAACGCGCAUGGACCAUAGUGGCUGACAGACUCUUCAACAACAAGUUCACAGUCUGCAAUAUCAUGCAGGGGAGGGAAUAUCAUUUCCGGGUCUAUGCCAAAAAUGACAUGGGCAUAUCUGCACCCUCAGAGUCACCACUCUGGGGGAUGGAGAAGAAGAAAGAGAGGUUGGUAGUAGAUGUACCAGCCAGAAAGGACUGUGAUUUGCAAUGUGCUCCAACUUUUAUUGUGCCUUUGAAGCUUCACACUGCACCCAAAGGCUAUGAAUGCUACAUGAGCUGUGCAGUGAAGGGAAAUCCCAAACCUCGUAUCACGUGGUAUCGAAACCACAUCAGUCUGAACACUAAUACCAACUAUUACAUCUCCAACACCUGUGGAGUUUGCUCCAUGUUAAUCCUCCGCGUUGGCCCCAAAGACGUGGGAGACUAUACCAUCACUGCAGAGAAUGCCCUGGGACGGGCUGAGUGCUCUACCGUCCUCAGUGUUAGAGAGUGA